UAAAGACCUCAGAGCAGUUUAAAUCAUGACCAGGCACUUAGUUUUGCAGACUACAUUUGCCACCAGAUUCUUUUAACGCGCUCGCUUUUCAUUUCGAAGAAUUUUGUAUAUUACGGAAAUAUCAAAGACCGCUGAUAUGUUUUGAAAGUAUACAUGCAAGCAUUUUGUUCUGAUUUAACUCUCGAUGAGCAUCCGUGUUCUUGGAGAUGCCAGCUGCUGUCAUGGACAAUUUUGACCGGGGAAGUCCUUUCUCGCAAAGUGAUUCUCAAAGUCCUCAAGACUGGAGCACACAGUUAGAUGGCCACACGCACCAUCGCAGAGAGAAAAACAGAGAUGCAGCUCGCAAGAGUCGAAGAAAACAGACAGAAAAGGCUGACACGCUGCACGAGGAACUCCAAUCUCUAGAGCAGUCUAAUAACGCAAUCCGAAAAGAAAUCGCUGAACUGAAGAAGGAGCUUCAAAUGUACACCACUGCUUUGGAACAACAUGAACCUCACUGCACUAAACUGUGUCCAUAUGGACCAUCAGUUGGUGUUCCAGCAGGUCCACCCACAGCUACACUCUUUACCUCAGAUUUCAACUUCGCCCCAGAACUCAACUCCUUUCCGGAUCUUACAUUGUUACCAGACACUAAUUCAGUGGAUUUGCCUCUAACAGGGAUCCUCGACAGUAGCGAUUGGUCUCCUUGGGACACAAUGAAUGGGAAUGGGUGCCUACAGCAGUUUUGAGGUGCAGUACAGUCAGUUCUUAUUUGGUGACAAGCUUUACACACUACCACAUACUGCAAACAGCUCUUUUUAUUGUGUUCAAAUACAAACGGUGCUAAAACCCACAAUCCAUUAAGGUGUGAAUAUGUUGUAUGUUCUAAUUUAUUUAAACAAUACUUACAGAUGUCAAGAUUUAUUUUUACAUGUAGCUAUAUUUUAAAAAUGGGCAUUAAUUUUUAAAAUGUAUUACAAGACCACAACCGUAUGUUGGGCUAAGGUAUUCCUUACUUUAAUCCAUUUUGAUUUUGUGAUAUUUGAUUCGUGAUUGAUAUGAGAGUUUUCAGUUAAUUAAUAAAUUAUAUUUUAAUAAUAUUGAAA